CCUCAUUGAGCCUCAUUAUCCGCUGUAGUUAGUCUGCUAUCUAACCAUAUUUCAGGUAACGUUAGCUACCAACCUAGCUAAUUGCCUAAGAUAACGAGUAUAACAAUUACAAGCAAGCCACGCAUGACGUCUAGCUAGCGUUCUGGAAAACAUGUCUAUGUCCCACCUAUAUGGGCGUAGAGAUGAGGAAGAGGAUGGGGUGGAAAUUGAGAAGUUCGAGGUGACUGAGUGGGACCUGGCCAAUGAAUUCAACCCUGAACGACGCCGGCACAGGCAGACCAAAGAUGAGGCUACUUACGGCAUCUGGGCAGAGCAUGACUCUGACGAGGAGCGGCCAAGUUUUGGGGGGAAAAGAACCAAGGAUUACACAGCACCUGUCAACUUUGUGAGUGCUGGGCUCCGGAAGACCGCAGCAGAAGAGAAGCAAGAGCAGGGCUCAGACGACUCGGAUGCAGAUGGAGAGCCUCGUCAACCUCCUCCUCCACCUCCUCGUGCUGCCGCACCUAAGAAAGUACAAUUACAAACUGGUGGCAACUUCAAGAGUUCCCAGAGGGCAUUUGCUGCAGGUAUCAGGGAAGGAAAGGACCUGGGCACCUGGGAGAAACACACUCGUGGUAUUGGCCAGAAGCUCCUGCAAAAGAUGGGUUAUGUGCCAGGCAAAGGCCUGGGGAAGAAUGCCCAGGGUAUUCUUAACCCAAUUGAGGCCAAGCUCAGGAAAGGCAAAGGAGCUGUGGGGGCCUAUGGUAAUGAGAGGACCAAGCAGUCCCUGCAGGACUUCCCUGUGGUGGAUUCUGAGGAGGAGGAGGAAAAGGAGUUCCAGAAAGAGCUGGGCCAGUGGCGCAGAGAGCCAGGCACUGGGAAGAAAAAGCCAAAGUAUUCAUACAGAACCGUGGAGGAGCUGAAAGUUCAUGGGAAACUGUCGGACAGGGGCAUGGUGACCCCAGCUGGAGAGCUGGCUAAAGUCAAGGUGAUAGAUAUGACGGGAAGAGAACAGAGGGUCUACUACAGUUACAGCCAGAUGACCCAGAAGCACAGUGUGCCCGAGGAGCCCACGCUGAGUGAGGCUGUGAGGGAACAGAAGCCCUCAGGCUUCGCCCUGCCAGAACUCGAACACAACCUCAAGCUGCUUAUCGAGUUAACAGAACAGGAAAUUCUACAGAGUUCCCGGCAGUUGCAGUACGAGCGUGACACUGUGGUGACUCUCACACAUGAGAGUACAACCCUGCAGGCGCGGCUGAGCGAGGAGGAUGAGGCUCUGAAGCGGCUUGAGCAGGUCCUGGAGAUGGUGGAGCGAUUCGAGGCUGGCGAAGGCCAGGAUGACCCGCCUAUCACGUUGCAGGAGUGCGCAGAGGUCUUUGAGAAGAUGCAGACUGGCUUUUACCAGGAGUACAAGACCCUGGGGUUGGCAGACCUGGCCGUGUCUGUGGUCCAUCCCUUGCUGAAGGGGAAACUUAGCAAUUGGAACCCUCUGAAGGACUGCUCUUAUGGGCUGGAGGAUGUGGGUCAAUGGAGGGCCAUCCUUGAGUCAGGGCAGAUGCAUCACGGCACGCCAGACUCCUCGAAUAUGGACCCCUACCACAGAAUACUGUGGGAGGUGUGGGUCCCUGUGAUGAGGACCUCGGUCACUCAGUGGCAGCCCAGGAAUGUAGGCCCUAUGGUGGACUGCAUGGAGUGCUGGGCUCCUAUAUUGCCACUCUGGAUCGUAGAUCAUCUUUUGGAGCAGCUCAUCUUCCCCAGAUUACAGAGAGAGGUGGAGAACUGGAACCCGCUGACAGACACGGUGCCAAUCCAUGCUUGGCUGCACCCUUGGUUGCCCCUCCUGCAGAACCGGCUAGAGCCCUUGUACCCUCUUAUCCGCAGCAAGCUGGCCAAUGCUCUGCAGCGCUGGCACCCAAGUGACGGCUCGGCUCGCCUCAUCCUACAGCCCUGGAAGGACGUGUUCACCCCAGGAGCAUGGGAAGCCUUUAUGGUCAAGAACAUCGUGCCCAAGCUAGAGUUGUGCUUGUCAGAGUUAGUAGUCAACCCCCACCAGCAGCACAUGGAUCCCUUCCACUGGGUGAUGGACUGGGAGGGUAUGCUGUCUCCCUCCAGCAUGGUCGGCCUGCUGGACAAGAACUUCUUCCGCAAAUGGCUCCAGGUGCUGUGCUCCUGGCUCAGUAACAGUCCUAACUAUGAGGAGAUCACUAAGUGGUAUCUGGGCUGGAAGUCCAUGUUCUCAGACACUCUGCUUGCACAGCCACUGGUGAAGGAGAAGUUCAACGAGGCUCUGGACAUCAUGAACCGAGCCGUCUCAUCUGGCAUAGGUGACUACAUGCAGCCGGGGGCGCGGGAAAACAUUGCCUAUCUCACACACACUGAGCGCAGGAGGGACUUCCAGUACAGAGCCCCGCAGGAGCGGCAAGAGGCGGAGAGCGUAGCCCAGCGAGGCAUCGGGGUCAUGGCCGCCCCCACCAACUUCAAGGACCUGGUCCAGGCCAAGGCUGUGGAGAACGGCAUAGUCUUCAUGCCCUUGGUGGGCAGGCGGCACGAGGGCAAGCAGCUGUACACAUUUGGCCGCAUCACAGUGUACAUAGACCGGGGCGUGGUGUUUGUGCAGGGGGAGAGGACCUGGGUGCCCACCUCCCUCCAGAGCCUCAUUGACAUGGCCAAGUAACCCCAAGGACUGCAUCGGUGCCAUAAGGCUUUGUGUUUGUGUUCCACCUCAUUGUAAAGUAAACUAACAAUGUAGUUUGUGCCAUCUUUAUACAGUUUGUCUUAAGUGUAACAGAACCAGAAUUAUGAUUUCUAAUAAAGUGCAAAUUUGAA